CCCCUCACCUCCAUCACCCGGAAAUAGUCACUAAAGGUUAGUUGGUAUCGCUCUUCCAACAUGGCGGUGAAUCUCACAGACCUCUCCUUGCCUCAAUUAGAAGGACUGAAAACCCAACUGGAUCAGGAGAUCGAGUUCUUGACGUCUUCAAUUGGUCAGCUAAAAGUUGUCCAGACGAAAUAUGUUGAAGCAAAAGAUAGUAUGAACGUUCUCAACAAAAAAAACAAAGGAAAAGAAUUAUUGGUCCCACUUACCAGCUCUAUGUAUGUGCCUGGAACAUUAAAUGAUGUGGAGAAUGUUUUUGUGGAUGUGGGGACAGGAUACUAUGUAGAAAAGAAUGUGGAAGACUCGAAGGCAUUCUUCAAGCGUAAAAUAGAAUUCCUCACAAAGCAGAUAGAGAAAGUUCAACCAGCGCUUCAGGAAAAACAUGCCAUGAAACAAGCUGUGAUUGAAGUAAUGAACGUGAAGAUCCAGCAACUACAACAGAACCAGCAGGCAUCCCAAGUGGCUGUACCCACCAAGGCUUAAAGAAAAAACCUGUUUCAACUCCUUAUGAUUUGUCUAUGUUUGUAUGCAAAUAAAUGAAGUUGGUGAGUAUAUCAUGUCACCACUGAAUUAUGAGGAGGCUAUUUGUUUUGGUAAAGAAGUCUUGUGUACUUGGUCAUUUUAAUUGUGUGUCUGAAACAUUUGCAUAAUUAAAGUGAUCAUUUAUUAAUGGUA